AUGCUGAUGCAAGGCGUCGUGGCAGUGAUGGACUGUACCUCGACGGGCGUAGCGUCGCUGUCCUCGUCCACGCGGUGCCGGCUGGGCCCGGCGGGCGGGCACGCGGGGAAGCGGCGCCGGCCGCGGCCGUCCAAGCGCGCGCCCACCAUGUACAUCAGCACCGACGCCGCCACCUUCCGCGCCAUGGUGCAGCGCGUCACCGGCGCCGACGAGGCCAACCUGCAGCCGCCGCAGCAGGACGGACUCGGCCUCAGCCUCCUCCUGCCGCACCUCGGCGUCGAGCGGUUCCUACAGGCGGCGGGACACGCGGCACCGCACAUCGCUGCUACACCGUACACGUCUGCCCCGCUCGCCGCGGCGGCAGAGCAGUAGCCGUUGUACCCGACCGCUGGACUUGUGGAACGUGAUGUACAGGAAGAAGACCGAGGUGGUCUCAGCCCUGACUGGCCAAUGAAACCGUCCCAAUUGUUCCCCGUCCGUUCCAGUUCCAGGCAAGCCUAUACGUGCCUGCGCAGCAUUAGCAUCUACCGUCGAUGAUCUGAUCAGCAGACGAUCCC